GUGUUGGACAGCCAGCUCAAGAAAAUGGUGUCCAAGUACAAAUACAGAGACCUAACUGUAUGUGAAACUGUCAGUGUUUUUCUGUCAUACAAGGAUUUUAAACUUGUAUUGGAGUCAUAUGUUUUUAAUGAUGGCAGGUCCAGGGAACUAAUGAACCUUAUUGGAGCAAUUCCUGUGCCCUAUAGAGGUAAUGCAUAUAAUAUCCCAAUGCGUCUCUGGCUGCUGGACACAGACCCAUAUAAUCCUCCUGUCUGUUUUGUUAAGCCUGCUAGUUCAAUGACUAUCAAAACAAGGAAGCGUGUUGAAGCAAAAGGGGAGAUAUAUCUUCCUUAUCUACAUGAGUAGAAACACACAGUCAACUUGUUGGGGCUUAUUCAGCUCAUGAUCGUGGUGUUUGGAGAUAAACCGCCAGUCUUCUCUCAACCUACUCUUUCAGCAUCCUAUGCACCAUACCAGGCAACAGGGCCACCAAAUACCUCCUAUACACCAGGCGUGCCCAGUGGGAUCUCUGCAUACCCAACCAGAUACCCUCCCAAUCCCACGGGUUACUCAGGCUGUCCUUACGCACUGGUGGUCAGUAGCCUGCCACAAGUCCCCAGUACACUUUCCGCUCCCGUGACCACUGUUGGUCCUAGUAGGGAUGGCACAAUCGGUGAGGACACCAUCAUCUCAGUGGUCAGUGGCAAACUGAGGUGGCGGAUGAAGGAGGAAAUGGAUUGCACCCAGGCAGAGCUCAAUGCCUUGAAAUGAGCAGAGGAAGACCUGAAAAAAGAUCACCGGAAACUGGAAGAGGUGGUCACCUGUUUAGAUCAAGAAGUAGCUGAGGUUGAUAAAAACACAGAACUUUUGAGAACAAAGGAUGAAGAGCUCAGUUCUUCUCUGGAGAAAAUGACAAAUCCAUCUGAAAGCAAGGAUAUUGAUGAAGUUAUCAUUCCCACAGCCUCACUAUACAAACAGAUCCUAAAUCCGUACACGGAGGAAAAUGCUAUUGAAGACAUUAUCUUUUUACCCGGGAGAAGCCUUGAGGUGGGGAGUCAUAGACCAAAUGUCUUCCUAAAGCACGUAUGUCUUCUGUCCCGUAAACAGUUCCAGCUGAGGGUACUAACGCAAAAAGCAAGAAACACUGCCGUCUCAGUGACCUGCGCGAGUGGCAAUGACACCUACUACAGCAGUACUCAGAUUGUGGGGGCAUCCGAACGACCUGGGCUUAUCGGGCCCACUCCGGGGGCGCCCAGUGCUACAACCGGAAACGCGACUGGAGGCCAGUGGAUGCUGGAUGGAGCGGAUUGCGUCCUGGGGCGCCCGCGCCAGCGCUUAGGCUCCGCGGAGUGCAGAUCUUCGCCCAGCCACCCGCGACCAGGUGUCCGCAGCCUCGGGAAAGACGUUUGGGAGGAACGAUGGCGGGAGCCAGUGAUUCUCCGACAAGGGUUGCAGACAUCAGCCAAAGGCGUCUCAGAGAACUUUAAUUCCAGUAUCCCAAACAAGCGGCUCGGGUCGGGGCCUCUGGGAGACGGCGGCCAGAGCCUGGCCCCCCAGCGCGUCUUCUCCAGGGCGCUGUCGGCUCCCUGCGCGCCCUCACAUUGGUUCAACCGCGCGCGCUCGGCGCGCUUCGAGUUCACUGGGGACAGCCGGGGACCCGCGGGCAGACGCGCAGACAGACAGACGCCGCGGUGCCGGGCGGUCUCCGGCUGCGCCUGA